CAGCACCGUUCAGAACCAGGAAGAGCAAGAGGACAACAAAGCCAUGCUUGGGUGCUUGGGCUCCCUGGCGGCGGCCCUCUGGGGCGUGCUCAGUCUCUGCACCCUCCUGCUGGGUGCCAUAGCCUUUCUUUUCUUUACUGAUUUCAUCAGAAAACGUCACCCGAAGAACUACCCGCCUGGACCCCUGCGCCUGCCCUUCGUAGGACAUCUCUUCCAUCUGGAUUUUGAGAAUGUGCACCUGUCGCUUCAGCGGUUUGUGAAGAAAUAUGGGAAUGUUUUUAGGCUGGAAGUUGGUGACUUUUCCUCCGUUGUUAUAACUGGAUUGCCCUUAAUCAAAGAAGCCUUUGUGCACCAGGGCCAAAACUUUGCGAACCGCCCCGUAACUCCUUUCAUAGAACGUGUCUUUAAGAACAAAGGAUUGAUCAUGUCCAAUGGUCAGGUAUGGAAGGAACAAAGAAGAUUUGCCCUGAUGACACUGAAGAACUUUGGUUUAGGAAAGAAGAGCUUAGAGGAACGCAUUCAGGAAGAGGCCCGCUACCUCACCCAGGCAAUAGGAGAGGAGGACGGACAGCCUUUCGACCCCAACAUCAAAAUCAAGAAUGCGGUAUCCAAUAUUAUUUGUUCCAUCACAUUUGGGGAGCGCUUUGACUACCAGAAUGAUCAGUUCCAGGACCUGCUGAGGCUAAUGGAUGAGAUCACACUUCUGCAGGAAUCAGUGUCCUGCCAGCUGUACGAUAUCUUUCCGUGGAUAAUGAACUUCCUCCCUGGAUCCCACCAAAGGGUCUUUAGAAACUGGGAGAAACUGAAAAUGUUUGUUGCCCAGGUGAUUGAAAACCACAAGAGAGGCUGGAAUCCUGCUGAAGCAAGAGACUUCAUUGAUGCUUACCUCCAGGAAACAGAGAAGCAUAAGGGCAAUGCCACCUCAAGUUUCGAUGAAGAAAACCUUAUCUAUAUCACCCUGGACCUCUUCUUUGCUGGAACAGAGACAACUUCAACAACACUGUGCUGGGGUCUGCUCUACAUGGCCCUGCACCCAGAAAUCCAAGAAAAAGUACAGGCUGAGAUUGACAGGGUGAUUGGCCAAUGGCAGCAGCCAAGCACGGCAGCUCGAGAGUCCAUGCCCUACACCAACGCUGUCAUCCAUGAGGUGCAGAGAAUGGGCAACAUUGUUCCCCUGAACGUGCCCAGGGAGGUGAUGGUGGACACUACGCUGGCUGGAUACCACCUGCCCAAGGGAACUGUGGUCAUGACCAACCUGAUUGCACUGCACAGGGACCCUGCAGAGUGGGCCACCCCAGACACGUUCAAUCCGGAGCACUUUCUGGAGAAUGGACAGUUUAAGAAAAGGGAAGCCUUUCUGCCUUUCUCAGUAGGAAAGCGGGUGUGCCUUGGAGAGCAGUUGGCCAGGUCCGAGUUGUUCAUUUUCUUUACUUACCUUGUGCAAAAAUUCACCUUCAGACCUCCAGACAAUGAGAAGCUGAGCCUCAAGUUCAAAACGGGCCUGAGCCUCUCCCCAGUGACCUACCGCAUCUGUGCUGUUCCCCGGGCAUGAGGUUGUCCGGGAGGCGGGGGGAGGGAAAGCAGGAGGAAUCCCCAGGUCCCUGCAAGGCACUGUUGCCUGCUGAGAAGUGAAGGAGCAGAUGACCUGCCUCUGAGGAAGGUCCUAGGACUUGGACUCUGAGGAAACUGGAUCCACCCUCAGCUUUCCCAUCCCCAGUUUAGCCCUGAGCGAAUUAGUUAUGUUAUAAGUGAUUUGCCUUUUCACCCAGAAGAUGAAAAGAGGAUAAUGAUUUUUCACUAAAGGAAGAAUUGCUAUAAAAACCAUAGGAAAUAAUGAACUUUAAGUGAUUUGGAAAUCAUGAGGCACAUCAUAGAAGGUAUAGCUGAGAUCUUCCUCCUUCCUGCUUCCUUCCUCAUGGGAGAUUUUCUUAUGGGCUGUUCACAUGGCUUGGGCAAAUGGUGGAUGAGAGUUAGCAGUCGGACCCUGGGAAGGCCGCAGAGGUCGGCCAGCAAAGCCCUGGCACUUGGUAGCUCUGUGCAGCUUCUCCUGCUUCUGCCUCAAGAUGGCCCCUGGGGAGUGAGCAGGGCAGGGCCUGUUUCCCUUUCAUGGCUGGUUUCUAUGGGAAGCAGCCUCUCUGGGUCACCUAAGGAGACACUGCCUUGGAAUUGGACGUGGACCAAAAAGAGUGUGACCAAAAUUAACCAAACACGGAAAGCAGGUUUAGGGGACAAAUGUGGAGAUAUUUUCUGUCCUUAAGGGGCCUUCCUACUUUAAAUCCUCCCUCAGGCAUUUCUUCCCAAGCCAUUUCAAUUUGGACUUAACAAAGUGAUGGCUGUGAUCUUUUCUCCAAAAUUAAUUGUCAGCUUUUGAUUGAUUGAUAAGUUAUUACCAGUCUAAACUCAAGUAAGCCAUGAUGGAGUAGUUUAUAGAACUGAACUGGAAAUGCCAGAAUCCAGCUCCAUCCUCCUGUGUGUGGUCACUGAUGGGGAGAAAAUGGCCAUAAACUGCAAGGCCUGGUACAACUGAUAGCCCAUGGAGUUUUGAUACCAAACCUGAUGCGAGCAAACAAUCAAACCUGGUGAACUGGACUAGACUAUAUAGAAGAUGUCUUUUUCUAAGGCUCUUAGACCUAAGUAAUUUGAAUAGCUCAGAACAAAGUCAGCCAUGGGGCUUUUUUCCCUGUUGCUUGGGAUUCACAGAUAAGUCAGUUCAAUGGGCACUUUAGAAAGGGAAAGAUAAAUACAGAGAAAUGGGGAGAAGAGAGGGAGAGAGAGGGAAGGAGGAAAGGAACAGGGAGUUUGGCUAGAGCUAGCCUGAGCCUGUCAGGGAGAACCAGAGCAUGUCUGGAAGAAAUGGUUGUGUGUCCCAGCCUGAAGGAGAAGGAGUUAGUCCUUCCUGUCUGAUAGAGGAACAGAGAGUGAGAACCCUGGCCAGCCCUCUGUGUGCACUUUCUUUGCAACCUCCUGGAAAGUUGCAUCUCUAGAAAACACGCCAACUGAUAUUUCUCGACUAAAACCAGCCCAGUCAGGCCCUGAACUGCCUGAAAUUCUGAGACCUUGUCAGCAACCCCCAGUCAGACCACCCAUUGACCUGUGGGAGACUGAGAAAUUGGCCAACGUACUCUCAAUUAUGUCUCCAUUUCCUCAUCUGUAAAGUAAAGGACUUUGUGAAGUCAUCUCUGAGUUCCAUUGCUGUCUGCUGCGCAUGUUCCAUGAUUCUAGAAGGGCAGGUAUUUACCUUCUCCCUGUGGAAUAAAUGUAAAACCCCUGGACACUCAUCCUGACCUAUGGGAUGCACUGGGACCUAGAGCCAAAUACAGAGUGACCACAUUUAAUGAGAAACCUUGGGGAUGUAUGACUGGGAGUAACUGAAUGUCUUCUUUUUAACUCAAAGCUCAUUGGAGAGACUCUAAAGUAUGAACUCUCUUCCUGUCCAAACACGACAUAGAUUUUGUUCUCUGCACGUUGUAGCUCUCUUAUUCCUUGUCUAUUUUGGAAGCUCCAGGGCCCCUUUCCCUGUCACUUCGUAUCAGUGUCUGACACACGGUGUGCAAGCACAUUACAUUUCCUGUGGAUUCAUGGAUAAGGCACAGAUUUUGCUGAGAAACCGCCCAGGCUGUGACUCUUCCUCCACCCCUGCCCUGCAGAGAGACACAGACACACACACUGCAGUGUAAGUUUAAAAUCAGGUUGGAGGUUGGAGGACUUACAAGCAGAGACGGAGCAGGACACUCAGGAUACUCUCAGUGUGUAUGGAAAUGUGUCCAGGUAGGGCAAGGCUGGAAUACGUACACCAUACAUGGAAUAUCAGCAGAGGGGCCACCUCUCAGUGCCCCGUGGGUUUACAGACAGGAGGCGGGGGCUGGCUAGGUGACUAAGUGACAAUGACAACUUCCUGGGUGAGUUUCCAUGUUAGAACAAGGAACUCCAGAGGUCUCCCCCUGUGUCAGGCUCUUCUCACCUGGAGAUCAUUCAAGCCUGUUUAUUGCUAAGCUACCAAGAGGGAAGGUGGGGACCGGAAAUACAUGUCCAGGGACACUGGGGUUGUCUCCCCUCUACUCUUUUUGUGACUUUGAGCAACACAUUUAAAACAAGCCUUUGGUUCCUCCUUCUUAAACGUGGAAUGGGGCCACCUAUUCCAUUUCCCCAUGCUUGUUUCUGCAGAAAAGAGUGAUGUCACUGAAUGGGUAUUUUGUACUAUCUGGGUCACGCUGUGUCUUUGCACAUUCACCAUGCUCUACCUGUACUGCUCUGAAAACCUAAGAAUCUUUCCCUCUGCUUUUGAAAUAGAAAAGAAAUUAAGCAUGAAUACAGGCUCAGAUGCAAAGGGUCACUUUCAGGGGCUGGUACUGAGUCACUGAUGAUGCCUGUUACAACAGUCAGGGUCAGAACAGAGGCUUCCCUUUUUCAAAUACAUUCAGUGUCCACAGUUAUCGCAGGGCUCUGUUGCACAUGAAAUAACAUUAAAAGACUCAAGUGGGUAGCAUGUGGCUUAUGAACCCAGGGUCAGGGCUGUGGAGCUAGGCUUCCCUGAAAUCAGUUCCAGGUUUUUUCAUUCAUUGGCUUUUGAUUGCACAUUAAACAGGUUGCUUUACGUUCCUGAAACCAUUUCCUAAUCUGCAACGUAGAGGAAUAAAACCUGCUGUGAAUUAUGAGAUUGGGUUAACGAUCUACUUCUCUGGGUUGCCAUGCUUUGUGGUGCUUCUCCCCGUGGGACCAUUGUAUCUGACCACCCUGAUAGAUGCAGGAAAGACCAUGUCAUUGGCUUUGGCCAAUAAAAUGAGAGCAAAAGUUCCAAGACUCUCUUCUGAAUGCUUAAGAGCCAGCUAAAAGUUCAACAUAUUUCUUUCUUCUCUGCCAUGAGACCAGCGACAACCCAGAUAAGUGUCUGUCAGCCUACACCCAGGAGACAAGGACAAGAAGCAGAGUCAUAGCUGAUUCAGGGUGGACAUGUGAUGUGAAAAUUAACCUGUUUUGCUGUGAGCCACUAGGAUUUGGGAUGGUUAAUUACUGCAGCAUAACCUUAGUUAUCACAGCAUAACCUAUCCUAAACUGGCAUUUUAAUUGCUAAGAUGACCAAAUAUGCUGUCUGUAGUUGUAAUGCUGUUAUUAUUUUUCAGAGGAAGAUUCCAGUAAUUUCUGUACCUUUUUUUCUAGACCAUUUGAUCUUUUCCUCACUGAGUUCAUAGAACAAUAUACUCUCCUGCCUACUGACCACAGACUUCUUAUAAAUCCUUCAGUGGGGCUGCCCCUUUGUCAACCCCCAGGACACCAUCACAGGUGGUCCACGUG